CCAGCAUAAAAUUUUACUUCCCGAAAACACCCCGUAGAUGUUAAAAAAUAUCAAUUUGGUCCUCAAAUUUCUGCCCCAUAGUCCUAAGAGUUCAGAUCGAAGGCAAUUGUAUUUAAGAUUCACUGGAGUUCAGCUUCGAAUAAAGGGAUCAUAUGGAAAAGGAAAAGAAUUUGGAAGUAAAGGAAGACGAAGAAGCAGAAGCAAUUGAGUUGGUUCUGUUUCAAGUAUCUGAAUGCUACGUGUAUUUGAUACCUCCACGGAAAACUGCAGCUUCUUACAGGGCUGAUGAUUGGAAUGUCAAUAAAUGGGAAUGGGAAGGCACUCUGAAAGUUAUUAGCAAAGGAGAAGAAUGCAUCAUCAGAUUAGAAGACAAGAAGACAGGUGAAUUGUAUGCUCGAGCAUUUUUGAGAGAAGGGGAGCCACAUCCUGUGGAGCCUGUUAUAGAUAGCAGCAGAUAUUUCGUUCUUCGGGUAGAAGAGAAUAUUGGUGGACGCCUUCGACAUGCUUUUAUUGGUAUAGGAUUUCGAGAAAGGCCUGAAGCUUAUGACUUCCAAGCUGCUCUCCAUGACCAUAUGAAGUACCUGAAUAAGAAGAAAACUGCUGAAGAGAUGGAACAGCAACACCAGAAGACUUCUUCAGUUGAUUACAGUUUAAAAGAUGGGGAGACCUUGGUGCUUCAAUUAAAGAAUCAGAAAGGUAGUGGCAACAUAAAGUCCAAGUUCUUUGAGCAAGGCUUGAAUAAUCUUUCCUUGGAAGACAAGGGCACCAAGAGAGAAUCGACUGUAGGUAUCAAAUUGCCUCCACCCCCAUCUGCACCGCUCUCGCCUGCUGUUACUGCUCAAAAUUCUCCCUUGGGAUCGCCCCCCAAAUUUACUCUCAAUGAAACUUCUAAAGCCGACGCAUCCGAACCUGAAAAAGAACAACCAAAAGGAUCGGGAUCUUAUGAAGCUCAAAAUCUCCAAGAUAUACCAGACGAUGAUUUCGGAGAUUUUCAAGCAGCUGGAUAACUCAAUCUUGGAAUUUGAUUUCUUUGUACUUGAAAUUUUUGAGUUGGUUCCAUGUUUUAUGGGUUAUAUAUAAAGGUUUUACAGGCAUCGUUACCAUGUAUUUUUAUUUUUUAUUUUUAUCAAUUUCAUAUAUUUUGCUUUCUUGUAUGGUACUACAAGAGUUUUUUUCUUUCGUACUUAUGAAAUUCCUUGUUAACUGGUA